AUGAUCUCGAUAGACCUCCAAGCUGCCGCGCCAGAUAGUGACGCGGCCAUCGCCCUCCACGAGGUCAUCAAGCACAUCUUCAAGGCCAAGAAGGCUGCGGUAUUGACGGGAGCAGGAAUCUCGUGCAACGCUGGCAUUCCCGACUUCAGGUCCUCAGAUGGGCUCUAUAACUUGGUCAAGGAGAAGUAUCCCAAGACCAUGGUCAAAGGCCAGGAUCUCUUCGACAUCUCGUUGUUCCGGGACCAGCUGUCGUUGGCAGUGUUCUGCACAUUCAUGGAAUCGCUCUACACACUGACGUUGAACGCCAAAGCCACCGAGACCCACAAGUUCAUCAAAAUCCUCAAGGAGAAGAACAAGCUUCUCCGGUGCUACACCCAGAAUAUCGACUCGCUCGAGAAGUCCGUCAACUUGAACCUCGGCAUCAACCUCAACCAGUUCGACGACUCGAAGAACUUUGCCCAGAACUGGAAGUGCUUGGACGUGGUCCAGCUCCACGGCAACUUGCACAAGUUGUCGUGCACCCACUGCUUCUCCAACUUCGACUGGACCGAAAAGUACCAGGCCCAGUUGGCCAGCGGCUUGAACCCCCAGUGCUCCCGCUGCUACGAAAAGUACGAAGAGCGCCUCUACUCCGGCAAGCGCUUGACCGGCAACAUCGGCUUGUUGCGUCCCGACAUCGUGUUGUACGGCGAAAACCACCCCCAGGCCGAGAUAUUGGCCCAGGGCCUCAACGUGGACUUGAAGGCCAAGCCUGACCUCCUCAUCGUCAUGGGAACCUCGUUGAAGGUGGACGGUGUCAAGAAACUCAUUAAAUCCUUGAGCUCCUCUGUUCAUGCCAAAGGCGGCAAAGUGAUCUUCAUCAACAAAACGCCGUUGGCCAAGCACUGGGAAUCAUGCUUCGACUACGAGAUCUUGAGCGACUGCGAUGCCUUCGUUAAGAUCCUCAAGAAGGAGAUCCCCGACUUGUUUUUGACCCAGGAGCAGCUCGACUCCAAGAAGUUGAAGAACAACUCCCAAAAUGCCCACAACGAAAAAUUCCUUACUCCUCCCACCACCCCCACAAAAAGAAAGAGGCCAGCCUUAAAGAGAAAAAAUCCCUCCAGUGCCGCCUCUUCCUCCAGUGCCACUCCUGAGCCCAGCGUGAAGCGCGAGUAUGACUUGCCGUCGCCCAUGACCUCUUUCGACGACACUUCCGAGGGCCCUGUCAAGAAGGAGAUGUUUGAGCCUGCGCCCAAAAGGGUCAAGGCUUAGUGUAAUAUAGAUGUAUAAUAGAAGCCGUUCGGCCAGCAAUAGAUACCCGCUACGAAAUAUCCGAGGCAAACAGUCUCAUGUCGUCUACCAUCUACUAGCAAUGGUCUCCUUCGCGUAGAACAUUGUGACUCUGAAGGGGGUUAUCUUUUAAUGAUACUAAUAUUCAAUGUGCCGAACGACUACCGACAAAUUAGCAAUUUACAGGGUAGAGAAAUUUCUAGCACAAUUUACAGGCUUAUCAGCUAAUUUGUGAC